AUGUGCUGUUUACAAUUUGAGCAAUUGGUUUGUCCUGAACAAAGUCCACAAGUUGUAUCGAAGGCUACACAUAAUAUUCAAAGCUUCUUCAAGAUAUGCAAACUUAAUGUAGAUUGAAUAUUUUGAUUCUGGGGUGAAAUUAAAGGUUUGGAUCUUUCCUCAUGCAUUGCCUGCACUGCACACAAACUUCUUUUAUUUAGCAUUUCGAUCACAACGAAUUAA